ACAUUACAAAUAAAUUAUCAAUAUAAAAAUUAAAAAAAGAGAAAACAAAAAGAAUUCUAAUUAUUUUUUAUUUUUAUCUGAUUUGUAAUUAAAAAUUUGAUAAUAUAAAUAACGAAACUGCCACGCGGUAAAAUUACCAAUCUGUGUCUAAUACGUCUGUUAUCAAUGACGGUAUCAUGGCAGUGUAGUGUCCGAUGUUUUUCAUAUAGUAAUUGACAUAUACUUGCACUAGGCAAGUAGUUAGUAAGAACGAACAACAAUACACAAUGGCGAAAAUAAUUUUGCUGUACUUAUUGUUUGUUAUAUGUUCAAUUCAUCAUUCAUUAGCUUUUUAUUUACCGGGUUUAGCGCCCGUGAAUUAUUGCAAAGUUGGAGAAACUUCUGAAACAUGUAAAUCUGAAAUUAAACUGUAUGUAAAUCGUUUAAAUACUGAGAAAUAUGUAAUACCAUAUGAAUAUCAUCAUUUUGAUUUUUGCCCUUCUGAUGAAAGUCAAAGUCCUGUUGAAAAUUUAGGACAAGUUGUAUUUGGAGAACGAAUAAGACCUUCACCAUAUAAGUUAGAAUUCAUGAAAAAUGUUAAAUGUGCAACAGUGUGUCAAAAAAAAUAUCAAGGAGGAGAUAGAGAUUCAGAAAGAAAAUUGGAAUUUUUGAAAAAAGGAAUGGCAUUUAAUUAUCAGCAUCAUUGGAUAGUUGAUAAUAUGCCAGUUACAUGGUGUUAUCAAUUAGAAGAUGAACGACAAUAUUGUAGCACUGGAUUUCCAAUGGGAUGUUUUUCUCGAGAAUCAAGAUCUCAAGUGGAUAGUUGCAGUAUUAAUGCUGCAUAUAUCAAAGCAAAAACUUAUUACCUAUUUAAUCAUGUAGACCUUACAAUUACGUAUCAUAGUGGUGUUAAAGAAGAAUGGGGAUCUGCAUUUAAGGAAAAUGGUGGACGCAUAAUAUCUGCUAAAGUGGUUCCUCGUAGUAUUAAACAUGGUAAUAUUCCUGACUGUGAAAACAAAGCACCAUUAGACAUACCACAUGAUCCACUUUCUGUUGGUCAACAAUUACUUGUUACUUAUACAUACUCUGUAACAUAUAUAGAAAAUAGUACAAUCAAAUGGUCAUCUAGGUGGGAUUAUAUUUUAGAAUCUAUGCCGCAUACAAAUAUUCAGUGGUUCAGUAUUCUUAAUUCAUUAAUAAUCGUUUUAUUUCUUUCUGGAAUGGUGGCCAUGAUAUUGCUCCGAACAUUGCACAAAGAUAUUGCAAGAUACAAUCAGGCUUCUUUCCAGAUAGAAUCAGGAGAAGAUGCACAUGAAGAAUUUGGUUGGAAAUUAGUUCAUGGUGAUGUAUUUAGACCUCCUCGUAAAGGAAUGUUACUCUCAGUUUUACUUGGAUCUGGAGUUCAGGUGUUUUAUAUGACACUUGUAACACUUGCAUUUGCUUGUUUGGGAUUUUUAUCUCCUGCAAAUAGAGGAGCUUUAAUGACCUGUGCCAUGGUUUUAUAUGUUUGUCUUGGAGCUACUGCUGGUUAUGUAUCUGCUAGAAUAUAUAAAAGUUUCGGCGGUGAAAAAUGGAAAUCAAAUGUAGUAUUGACAUCUAUGCUGAGUCCUGGAAUUGUAUUCAGUUUAUUCUUCAUAAUGAAUUUAAUAUUUUGGGCAAAUGAAAGUUCAGCUGCAGUACCAUUUAGUACUCUUAUUGCCCUUCUAGCACUUUGGUUUGGAGUAUCUCUUCCAUUAACAUUUAUUGGUGCUUAUUUUGGAUUUAGAAAAAGGUCUUUAGAGCAUCCUGUAAGAACUAAUCAAAUUCCUAGACAAAUACCAGAGCAAAGUUUUUAUACUCAACCAAUUCCUGGAGUAAUAAUGGGUGGAGUUUUACCUUUUGGAUGUAUAUUUAUACAAUUAUUCUUUAUUCUUAAUUCUUUAUGGGCAAGUCAGGUGUAUUACAUGUUUGGAUUUCUUUUUUUGGUAUUUGUUAUACUUGUAAUUACGUGUUCAGAAACAACAAUUUUACUUUGUUAUUUUCAUCUUUGCGCAGAGGAUUAUCAUUGGUGGUGGCGUAGUUUCCUAACAUCUGGAUUUACUGCAUUUUAUUUAUUAGUUUACUGCAUACAUUUUUUUAUGACUAAAUUGGAAAUAGAAGAUGCUACAUCUACAUUUCUCUACUUCGGUUAUACUUGUAUUAUGGUUUACUUAUUUUUCGUUUUGACGGGAUCAAUUGGUUUCUUUGCCUGUUUCUGGUUUGUACGAAAAAUCUACAGUGUCGUGAAAGUCGACUAAUGUAUUAAAUGAUGCCCAUCGAAAUAAAAUAAAUGUGGUAUGAGUAAAUAAUAA